AUGCAUCUUUUCCACGCCGCGGCCCUCUUCGCAGGCGCCGUCUCCGCCCAUUACAACUUCGAGUCCCUCAUUUAUGUCCGCAAGACCAAGAACGGAAACGGGCCCAUCCUGGCCGUAAACUCAACCGACAUCAUCUGCAACAACGGCGGCAUCGAUGACGACGUCAUGGCCACCACCGACACCUUCACCCUCGCCGCCGGGGACGCCGUCGGCUUCAAGAUGAACGAGUACAUCGGCCACCCCGGCCCGCUCGCCGUCUAUCUCAGCAGGGCGCCCGACACUGCCAAGGGAUACAAGGGCGACGGCGACUGGUUCAAGGUCUACCAGUCUUCACUGUCUAACAAGACAGUCGACCCUAUCCAGUGGGCGCCUUUCGUCGGCGGCGGCGUCCGCAACUUCACCUUCACCCUUCCCCCUGACCUUCCUGCUGGCGAGUACCUGAUGCGCGGCGAGCACAUCGCCCUGCACAGCGCGAGCCUGUACGAGGCCCAGUUCUGUAAGCCAAGAAAACAAGUCCCGACCCGCCCCGCCCCAAUCUUGUGCGCUCAGAUCAAAGUCACCGGCGCCGGCGCUGGAACCCCCGAACCCACUGUGAAAUUCCCCGGCGCAUACGACCCGCGCGACCCCGGCAUCCUCGUUAACAUGUACUGGCCGCCCCUCCGCCAGUACACGCCCCCCGGUCCAGCUGCCUGGCCCAAUGCCUGCGACGACAGCACCGUCAACGUCCUCAACGACCAGCCCGGCGACGGCGACUGCACCCCACUUGAGGACUCCGCCAAAGGCGACCCCGUCUCCUCCGUUGCGCCUCCCGCUCUUCCAGAGAGUCCGCUCGCACCAAGCGACCCGGCAUCCGCCCCAGCGUCUAACCCUACACCGGUUUUGCCUCCAUGUCAAAGGAAGCGCGCCUUUGGCAGAGAGCGCCGCGCGAGGCAAGUGACAUAG